AUGAUCGUUCUACCCUCACCCUUCAGCGAGAUCAGUCGCGUUCCCCUCAUGUAUGAACGCCCAGCAGAUGUCGAAAUCCUGAAACGACUGACGACUAAGCUGAGCUGUGGCGCUACUUUCUGGAUCAAGCGGGAUGAUUCAAAUUCCGGCCUAGCAGGUGGCGGCAAUAAGAUCCGCAAACUCGAGUACGUCCUGGCGGAUGCCCUGGACCAAGGUGCCGAUACCUUGGUGACGACUGGUGGUAUCCAGUCCAACCACAUGAGGCAGACGAGUGCUGCUGCGGCCCAUUUAGGCCUGGAUGUGGCUUUGUACCCUCGCGACCUGGUUCCAUCUAACGAGACGGAGUAUUCCUAUGCUGGGAACGUCCAGUUGAAUCACAUACUGGGCGCUGAAGUCUUCCCGGUCGAUACUACUGAAGAUAAAGUAGUCGAGAUUUUAAGAACCCGCGGCAAGCAGCCGUACCUGAUCCCAUCCGGGGCUAGCCUCCACCCUCUGGGUGGACUAGGUUACGCCAGAGCCGCAUUUGAGAUUCUUGAACAGGAGAAGAAACUUGAUGUGGAUUUUGAUACUAUUAUUACUGCUGUAGGAUCUGGCUCGACAUUGGGUGGGCUAGUGGCAGGUUUUAAACUCGCAGAGAAUCGCGGGUUGCUUUCACAGAAGAAGCGGCUUCUAGGCUUUUCUAUCGGGUAUAGGAAGGCUGAUAUGACUGAUAUCGUUCUUUGUAUCGCGAGGACUGCUGCUACUAAGAUUGGUCUCAAGGCGGAGGAUAUUACUGAAGAUGAUUUUGAAAUCAGUGAUGAGUUUCUGGGAGAUGCUUACGGGGUGCUGAAUACGACGACUAUGGAUGGCAUCAAGGAGCUUGCCCGGAUAGAGGGAAUUCUGACAGACCCCGUGUACACUGGCAAGGCUUUCACAGGCCUCCUCAGCAUGGCAAAGAGUGGCAAGCUGACAACAGGAACCGUGCUAUUCUUGCAUACGGGUGGUCAAGUGGCUAUGAGUGCCUAUCCCCAAAUGAAGUAG